CUCGUCAGAUCCGCUGGUUAUCCCUCACGUCGCGCGGGUCUGCACUGGUUAAUUUUAUUAUGAUUAUUAGUCGUGUCGGUGGACAGUCCGUGUUAUGUUCACUAUAUCACUGGUUCUGUCGCUAUCUGUCUCGCUCUCGGUACUGUCGUAAUCCCGAUUUGUCGCUGUUCGUCUCAGUCUCAAAACUCAAGCACUCAUCAUGUUCAUGGCUUGUUCAGUGCAACUUCCGGAAAAGAAUACCAGCGCGGAGUAGUAUCAACUUUUAAUGUCACCUCUUCACUGCUCGCGGAUUGAACACAAAGCACGGCAAAUAAAAUAAAUGUCACUAAACACACUCAAGUUAAAAGUCAACACUCAACAACACAGAUGAAUGAAAGUGAUGUGAAGAAAAAGUUCAACGGCGCUGACCUCCAUCUGUCACGCUGCUACUAAUAUUAAUAGUCUCCAUCCCAGACGGCUUC